CGAAGGGGCGGCGGGCGCCGCCAUUACCGUUUCCCGCUUCCCUUCUCCCGGUGUGCGCCGGGCGGCGCGCGGGCUCUGUAGCCCCGGCCCGAGGGAGGCUGCCCUCCCCUCCCCUCCCCUCCCCUUCCCCGCACGCCGGGACGCGGCAGCGCCGCCCCAGCCCUCACAGCCUCCGCAGUCGCCUCCGAGUCGGGCGGUUCGGCGCGCUCGGGGACGAGCGAAGCGGCGCGGCAGCUCCUGGCCUCCCCCGGGCCGCCGCGCCGCGCUCCUGGCCCGCCCGCGUUUGGCCGCUGAGGAAAUGGCGGCGGCAGGCCCGCGCGCGAGGAGAAGGCGCCGUCGCGGCCGCCCAGGCGCGGGGGCGAAGGGAGCCGCCGGCAGUGCCCGCCCGCCGCAGCCGCUCUCCCGCCGCGGCCGCUCUGCCCCUGGCUUUCUGUCAGGUUAACUCGUUCCGUUGUCCUUCCCGCUGCGCGGGGUGAGGCUGUGGCCCCCUUAGCAGAGCUUAGGUUGAUUUCAGCGGGGCCAAGAAUUAAAACGGUGGUUUUCGGGGAGGCUUGUGAUCCCCCGCCGAGGGGAGGGGGGGAAGUGAAGCCUUAAUAUGCGCACAGAGCUGUGUUCAGUGCUGGUUUAUGCCAAAGUUGCGUAUAAGUAGUUGAAUAGAAGUAGGUUUUAGGGAGACUUUGGCAUUUCCUUAAUGGGAAAUUGGAUUUAAUGAAAGCAAUGCCCUUUUCAUUUCUAGCAUUUGAAUUCCAGUUGUUUCUCUGCUUCUUCCUGCACAUUUUUUUUUCCAAAUGGAUGGGAUCUCUAAUGACCAGAAUUGUUGCUAGUUCUUGUUAGUUUUUUUGGUGGUGCUUAAUGUCCCUGGGUCAAGGGACAGUUUAUAGACACUGCACAGAAGAAAAAGACAGCCCUUGCCCUUCCCAAGGCCUUGUAGUUUCUUAGAUUACUGGUUAUAACAUGGAAAAAUGUAUGAUAAUCUGUUUCAUAUCUGUUUCAGUUCUGAUGACUAAACCAUAAUGUUCAUGGUGAAACAGGAAUCAGCACUGUGCUGCUGUCUUGUUAUUUAUAUUGUAGUAGUACUCAGAGGCCUCACUGUCCUACUGUCCUUGUAAAUAGAGCAAAUGGUAGUUCACUUGGUGCCCAAAUAGAGUGUGGUGGACUGGGAGCCUCUUAGGCCAGAAAAAAUAAAACAUCAUCUCUCUUCUGAACAACAAUAGUACUAGAAGAUAAUCAGCAGCUAUUGGAGAUUUGUAGAAUAUGAUUUUCUCUGUCCAGUGUCUUUGGGAACCAGUGUGGUAACAGGAUUUAUAACAAAGAAUUAUCAGUGAUUAAUAAUAUGUUACUGAAAUUAUCUUUUACCAUGUAACAGAGGGGUCUGAUGUCUGUUUAGGAAAUGGAAGUAAUUGACGAUAAAUUGGCCAGAAACCUCGUAUUUUUUUUCUUGAAGGUAUCAAAAUACCUGCAGAGAUUUAGUUUGGUCAGUCUCUUUUUCCUUUGAACAUGCCUCUUGUUUGCAGUUUUCUUGACAUAAACAGGCACCAUAUGGUUACCACAUGUGAACGGUAUAAGAACGUACAGGAGAAAAUAUGAAUCUAAAUCUGGCUGUCAACAUGCGUGUAAUACGUGUAAUUGCUUGAGGUAACAACAUAUAUGAUACCUAGUAAUGAGUUUUAGUUUAGAUCACUAUUUGAUGAAAACAAAUAAUUUCCAUUGUGUUCCAUAUUUCUCCAAACAAAAGUCUGAGUGGAGGUUGGGCAUAUCCAGGUUAUGCCUCAGUUCUGGUACAGUCAGGAUUCCCCUCCUGUGGUGUUUCUCAUGCUAAGCAACAGAAUACCUACUGUGAAAUGGAGCUAUUCUCUUGUCACUUGGGUUAUGUCUAAAGUAGGCCUAGGACCAACUUGUGUGAUGUUGGAAUUUAGUCUCAUUACUGUCUUACACAGGUACCUAGAAUUCUGACCAAAUUAGUUAAGACUCUGACGUAUCAGAUGGUGGUUCCAGAGGUUAUAAAGUCCUGCUUGUAACAUUUCUAUGUUGAAUUUUUUGGAGUAAGAGUAGAAAAUUCUAGCCUGCAUGAAAGAUAUCAAACAAUGCAAUCAACCUUUCUUUAGUUAAAGUUAGAAACAGUCUUCCCUGUCUUCAGAAGGUCAAGAAUUGUUGAGGUUUGCAUUUGUUAUUUUGAUAAAAUACCUCGAUCUAUAGAAACAGAUUGGGCCACUUCCCUGAAAUGAAUUCCCUUUGUCCUUUUUCUGAUCAGUCACCAUGAGGUAAGGAAGAAAGAUUAUUGCAUUAAUGCCCAGCACCUGGAGGUAUUUUAAGUGCUUGGGUUGCAAGUAAUAAGUGGCUUGUUGCAUCUUAAUUUUGUUUGCCAUAUAGUAUAGCUAUGGGCAAAGUUAGUAGGUCUGUGCUCUUGAGAGUCCCUGGAUGAGAUGGAGAGGCUAUCCUGAAGAGCAGAGCCUCAGAAAGAAAUGUGAGGAGAAAGCAAGCAGCAUGAGAUGAGAAUGGACCAUCUGUGUGAAAGAAAGAAAGGCUUGUCCUGGGUGCUUGGGUGGUGGGCAUGGUUUUGAAGUCCAUGUGAUCGUGUAUGUUCACUAGUCUUGAUAUAGAAACUAUGUGACUGUGAAUCAUCCUCGCCAUGACUGUGGUGUAGGCAGAAUGUUAGAACCGUAUUUUCUUCAGGAUCCUGUGUUAUAGGGGAUUAUAGCUACUAGACUAUAUGUAUUAUUUUAGGCUCAAAGAUAGAGCUUAUUAAGGUGUGUACACACCGCACCCCCCCACACACCCCUAAUGUCCCUAACUCCAUAUUUGUGGGAAUAUUUUUUUCUUUUGCAUCAGGAAAAUGUGAGUUAUUGCUUCUUCCUGGUAACUUUAAGAGGAAUCUUGCCCAUCCAUUAAGAAAUACACAAUCUUUUAGAAACUAAACGAAUAAGAAAAGAAGUCUGUAUUAAACCAUAUAGAUGUAAACGAUAUUCAGAAUGAUAUCAACUAAACAGAAUCAUUUUACCUCAACCCAGCCUACUCUUGGAGAGUAACAUUAUAACGUACAGCAUAACAGAUUUUUGUUUGGUUUUGGCUGUGUUGAGCGAAAUAUGGUCCUAUGUUCUCCUAGUGUAACAAAAAGUAAGGCUAACUUUUUCCUCCUUGGUUAAUGCUCUGAAAUCUCAGAAGAGCUAAUGUGUGAAUUACAAAAGAUCAUUUUUGUUACUUAGAUAUUACAGGGAUUUGCUGCAGCCCUUUUUGCAGCAAAAAUUUGGGAGUUUGCUUUCAAGCAGGGGGUUAAACAUUACCAUGCUGGAAUCUUCUCUGUUCCUCUUAUGGAAUGUAACUGAAGCAUAGCUCCCGCUUUAAUUUCCAUCAUUUUAGGGUGAAAAAUAAAGGCAGACACACACAAAAAUAGUAUAUUUUCUUCUUUUCUGUUUUCAUGUCACUGGCCCGCUGUUCUGUGAAAAUAUGAGAAGGGAAAUCUUAUCCAAAGUGUGGCCAGUGAAUAGAUACCAUCACCAUCACAGACUCGCUGUUAUUUACACGGCAACUUCAUUGUAAAGCUGUAGCAAGAAGCUCAGCAGAGCAAGGGCUGACCUCACAGCUCUCCCAAGUGUUCCUCUUGAUCUUCACUGGCAACUCUUUGUUGCUGUUAUCAUUUAGUUUCCAUUAAAUUGUAAGGAUGAUCUGGUUUUGCUCACUUCCUAAAAUUGGGUCACCCAUUUUUCACUUCAGAAUUCUGCAGCAUCCUUCAGACUGAUCUGUCAUCUUCCUCAUUUGUCAUUCUUGCUAUCAAUUAUUGGUAGAGAGACAAAAUCAACCUAUUUGAGUGAAUUUAUGUGAGGGAAAACAGAUGAUUGCUAGUGUAAAUAGCUCAAGAAUAUACCUUUUUGCCUGUCAUCCCAAUAAUAUUCAGGCAGCUAGGCACAUCUCUGUGCAGUAUAAACAUGUUCCAAGCUAUGGCAGAAUUUAAUUGGAAAAUUAGAUGUUCCAUGUUCCUUGACGGCUGAUUUUCCACCAAUUAAAAAAUGGGAUGAGCUCCAUUAGAUUCAUAACAAUGCCUGACAAAUCCUUCUUUAAAGGUAAUUAAUGGCUGAAUGGUGGAACAUACAUUAGUCACAAGCUGAUAGCAGUAUUUUCUGAAGAGCUUCAUUAUGUUUUUUUUCCUGAACAAUCUGGAGUAGCAAUGCCACGCAGUUUAGGUGAGGCUUCACCAUCUUUCGCUCCCUGUACCUCCUGCUGGGCUUUGAGUUGGUAGAGGGAAUGCAGCGCAACUGCGAGACGCUUCCCCGUUGGAAUCGGAGGGCAACAGGAAAGGUUGAAGGGGUGAGAGGGAGAGGCAGGCGCAAAGAAGGCAAAGCAUGACUGAUCUUUGAGAAAGUCAGCCAGAUCCUGCUCAGAAAGGGAGGAAGAAAGGCAGUAUCUUUCAUACUUCAGUGCUAGCUGUGGGAAUUGUUCUUAGCUCUUUGCUUCUCUCCUUAAACUGUAAAUCAUAUCCCUAGUCUCCUUUUAUGACCAUGGAAGCUUCUACAACUCAAGCACUUUACUGCUGUUCAGCAGAGUGAUAAUUCAUUAAAUUUGGGGCAGUAUUGAAAUUCUUCAGGGAUUUUUUUAAGCGUUCAAAAUUUGGGGGGGAACAAAAAUAAAGUAAAUAAUGGGUUGGGUUAGUUUCUGUGCUUUUUUUUUCCUUCUGUUUUUCCCCCCUAAUGUUUGUAUUCACUGGCAAAAAGGAGAAAGGGUAGAAAAAGAAAUAAAGAGAAAAUAUCUUUGAAAGUGAACUCCUGAAUUUUUCAGCUUCAGAAGCCAUGUAGAAAAGUAAAACACUUUCCACAAAAAUUCUAUUUUUUACCUUUUGAAAAAGUACUAAACACAGUUUUUAAAUCCACUGUACCUUACAAAGCGGACUUUUUUUAAAAAAAAUAACAAGCUGGACGCUGAACUCUUGAUGUUGUGAAACUGAGAAUAAAACAGAGUAGUGACUUAUGGCAGAAACACUUUGGUUUUCUUUAUUCCAAGGAACCUAGCAUGUUUUCUUUUCUUUCAAAUCACAGCAGGAUUUUAAGGCCAAUUCCUCUACUGGUUGUUUGAAUAUCUGCUGUACUUUGCAGAUUUUUUUUUUUUUUUUUGGUAUGUACUGUGCUCUGUUCCUGUGAGCUGGUAUAUUAAUAGUAUUUGAUUCUCAGCACUCUUAUGAAUAGUAUUGCAAGCUACAUUUUUAGCUAUUUGCAACUGUUACAAUACAUAAUGCUUUGAGGCAAUGGGGUGCUAUGGUAGUGGAGACCAUAAGAGUUAGAGGAUGAGGCUGGAAGGGUGGAAUCCUUAGGAAAUCACUUAAUAAAACAUAUGUUUGUUUACUCACCUGUGUAUUAGUUCUGGUAGUAUAUAUUCAUUGUAUGUGUAUUUACUUUAUAGCUAUGUUUUUCAGGCUUCCUGAAUUAGCAGUGAAUUUCAGGCUUCCAAGCAUCUUUGAAGGGACAAAUCUUUUAUUAUGUUAUUAAUGUGUUAGAUUUGGUUUGUUGUAAAUGUGUCAAUUUUUUUCAUUAUUAUUGAAAAAUUCAGUGAGGAAUUAAAAGAACCAUCAGGUGGAAAGUGCAGUGAGGGAAACGUUGAUAAGCAAGCAGAGAAGAGAGCACUUUCAAUGUAUAGUAGUACUUGUUAUGGUUAAAAAAAAGAAGCACCUUGAGCUGAAUGAAGAAGCCAAGUGAGACUUUUAAGCUUUGCCCUAGGGGAAUGGCUCUGUGUUUCUCUCUGGUGUGACCAGUCACUUUUUGAUGUGCCUUGUCAUUAUUCACUGGGUUACAUCAUGCUGCCUCUCCGCAGUGGAGUUGUUUUAUGAAUGCCUUGGAGUUUCAUGUCAACAGAGAGCAAUAUUCUUCGGUCCCUCGGUGCUGCAUUGGAAGGCUCGAAUUGGGGCUGAACAGACAGGCACCACCGAAGAUUUUACCGAUGCGGGAAAUAGAGUGCCAGCAGCUCUUAUGGGAGCAGCAGAGCACAAGUGUUUCGCUGCAGGAUGAUGCCAACCAGCUGGCUGUUCAGUGCGAAGGGAGCUCGGGGACGAUAGACAAGGAAGAGGCAGCCAGAAGAGGAAAGGCAAGGCCAUAAAUGGAGUCACAGAAGCAGUUACCUACUUCUGGGGCAACAAAUUGAAUGACGCUACCUACUCUGCCUCAGCCUGGCAAGCAGUUAUACCACCAAGUCUGAGCCAAAUCCUGUUUUCUUCUCAAAAAAUAGAUCCUUAUCUUCUCGGAGAGGUUAAGGGUGGUUCUGGACAAAUGGGAACAGGAAUUUUGCUAUAAAAUUCCUCGAUAUUGAGCCCACUUACACAUCAGUUGCAGUGGCAAGCUAUGGCAUCUGCAUUCCUAUUCCCAGCCUCUAGGCUUCAUAGAUAAUACCAAGUGAUGUGAUUUAUUUUUUUUCUUUUCUAUUACAAAAGCCUCUUUCCUCAGGAGUUUUUUAUUCACUCUUAAUUUAUCAGUGAAAGCACAAUAGUUGUCUUUGAACUAAAUCAAACAGAACAGCUUCAUCAUAGUACGGCUGCAUAGAGCCUCAGGAUUAGAGAUGCUGAACUCUUUUGGAGUUCUUCCAGAGGUUCCAGUCACUUCAGCCUUUUGGGCUCUUCACACUAUCUCCAGCUAUACUCUGGCCAUUGUAUUUAUUGAUUACUUUCCUUUGAAAUCAGGGCAAUAGUAACAAUUAACUAUUUUCAAUUAGUUAUGUUUGCAUUCCUUUCUUCUUAGACUUUCAAGUCACUGGCUAGGACAGGUUUCUGGUUAGCCCUGGCACGAGCUCAGCAACAUGGAAUUUACUCUCUUGCUUGGGGGCAGGCUGGUAACAUUUCCACUUGUUAUCACCGAACUGUCCUGGACGCCUGGACUGUUGAUGCUUACUGAUUCCCAUAUUUUCUUUUGUCUUUAGCUUAUUACCCUCCUUGGUUUAACGAAUGUUCAGAAGUUCAGUAGGACAUUCUAUUCUCUAAAAAGAAAAUGAAAGAAAUUGCUGAAAACAGAAAUCUUAACAUUUAUACAUAAUUACAAUACAAGACAAUAUUACUUGCAUAUGUCACGUUACGUAAUACAUUAAAUGCUGUCAAACAUUGUUAGCCUUCUAAAAUAAACCCCAUCAUUUGUUCUGGAGUGUGCUGGCUUAUUUUUAGUUUCUCUCUGCAGCAGACUUGGUGCCACUUCAUGUUCUCCUGCUACAGUCGUCUCACUGGUUCUUCUGAACUUUCCUUUGUUUAUGAAAUGAUCCCCCCAAAUCUAUUGCAUGAGGGUCUCCCCACAGAAAAUACUAAACAUAUCUUGAAGCUUGUAUGAAGUUAAAAGAAUAAUAUGUUAACAACAAAGCUAAUAGUGCCAGAAUUGGUCAAAUUUUGUGAAUUAGAGGUCAGUGUCAAGAGAAUAAAUACGAGAGGAACUGUAUCGUGGAAGAAUAAAAACCAGAUUCACAUGUUACAAAAUUCUGUAAACUUUGCAAAUAAGCACUGCCCCCUACUGCUGACAAGUUUUUCAUUAAAGUGUAUUUAAUUAAAAAUAUAAAAGAGAAAAUGCCAACACCAAUCUUUUUAAUUAAAAUGUUUGUAUAGGUUUACCUGUAAGAGAAAGACUUACAACUCUUUCUAAAAAAACAGAAAGCUGAAUUUAUUUUUUACAAGCAUGAAGCACCUGUAUUAACUUGGAUAGUUUAUGUUUUGUCAAGCACAUAGUAUAGAAUAAGUAGUUACGUUUAUCUUCUCAAACAGAGAAGUAGUGGAAGAUAACACAUUUACAAACAAUUUUACUUUUCAAAACUGACCUUAAAAUCUUUCAUUCUCAAUUAUGACCAUGGAACAGCAAAGAAAGAUUUCAAAUUUUAGAGAUGCAAUGGAAGCAAAAAAAGUCACUGUCUUUUGCUGAGGUAAAGCCCACGUAAGUCAUUCAAGCUGCCAUGAGUAAAUUCUUGUUGCUGUUGUCUAUUAGUUUUAAAGUACAUUUUCUUGAAAAUUAUGAAGUGCAAAACAUAUGUGAGAGCAAGGUGAAAAAUUUAUAGUAAUAGGUUAUUAUACAGUCACAGAAUCACGGAAAGGGCUAGGAGGGCUGUCAUCAUCUUUACAGGGCACUGUUGUCAUGCCCCCAUAUGACACAUGCUCCAGCGUAGUUAACGUGCUUGUACCUUAUGGCUGAACAAUCCCCAUUUAGAAUAGGAUUAUGUUCAUCUCUGUGACUAUAUCAGUAGAAAAUAAAGAGAAAAUCAUGGCCAUACAAAACAUUAACAGUUCAGAGAAAGAGUAGUUCUACUAAGAACAAUUUUAUUUCCAGUAGCCGUUGGUGUUCCCAAGGCUCUCGCACUUGUCCAGCGUGGAGUAGAGCCGUGUCGUCUGCUGCAGUUCUGAAAGGCAUAAGCAACUCCCGCAAAGUAUCUGAAUGCAUCAGUGAUACUUGGAUCUGAUUUAGUUGACAAUAAAAUUCCUCUGUUUCACUGUAGGUUUGGAAAGCAGUCUUAAAGUGGGUGUAUAUUUGCUGUAGAGGUAUUUCCUGUCCACUUAAGCACUCCAUUAUGUUGCCAGCAUCCAAAGGGAUCUUAAUGUACAUCAGAAUGAGGCUUUAAUUAAUCCUUAGGACGCACUUCUGAAGUAGAAAAUUUAAUAGUCUUUAUUUUAGGGACAGGGAAAUGGGACAGAGCCUUUGAUAGUCUCUCUCAAGCUUCUAAACAGCUUAAUGCACACCAGAAGACUGCUUUCAUAUCUGCAAAAUCAGGAGCAUGCUGAUGCUCCUGAUGCUGGGAAUGUGCAGCAGGGCCAUCCCAGGGUGGAGCCUUUGAGCAGUACUGCAAUGCCAUAUUCGCUGCUGCUGCUACCAUUUGUUUCAGCUGCUAUCCAUAGGUCUCUGAAAGUGCUUAAAUAUGUUUUGUUUCUACAUAAGGACAAACAUUCUAGGUCCAAGUCAUGUCUGCUAACUCAAAAUAAGUCUUGUAAAAGAGACUAAAAAUGAUUUUCCUAGGAGAUCCUAGAACACAGAACAGAAAAGCUGAGUAUGCUUAUGAGAUGCUGUACUAAAGAGAAGGAGCAACCUCAGACCUUUUUGUUCAGCCACUUGAUAGAGUAGCAAAGCUACUGUAACAAAAUAAGAGGAUUGCAAAUAAUAUCUGGUGGGAUUCAAGAUGUGGUGACUGGAAGAUAUGUUAGAUUUUAACCACACGACAAGGCCUUGUUGUUUUUUAGCUGCUCAAACAACUACAUCCUGGAGGAAGUUUGAGGAGUAACAUUAUGUGUUUCCCUUGUGACACCUGCUUAGGCAGGUGAAAUUUGGACCAUUGAGCUGAUAGAGGAUCUCAACACAAAGCCAACCAAUCAGGGAAAAUUAAGCAUUAGAAAUUGCUUCCCUGCCAGGUGGAAUCACUUUUGUAUCGUAAGGAUUUCUAAUCCUCUGAUAGAGGCCUCUGCAUUACCUAGAGAAGAAGAAAGUAGCUCAAAGUUUGUGUGAGUGCCUUAGCUAUCAGAAGGGGUGCGUGCGUGUGUGCGCUCAUAAGUUUUGCUCUUUUUUUAGUUUCUGUCUUGCUAAAUGUAGGAAAUUGUUGAUGUCAACUGCAAUAUCCCUUUGAAAAUGUAUUACUAAAUAGGUAUGAGUAGUGGAUUGUGGGAGAGUACUGGCUUUUAGUUGUGUUGUAGCUUUUCAAAAUACCAAUUUUUUUUUUUUGGGGGGGGGGGGAUUUUUUUUGUCAGGGUUGUUGGAUCUUCUGUAGAAUGUAUACAAAUGUCUUUAACAUGGGUAAACCAUAGUGGAUUUCUCUAUGAGCAAAAAAGUGUGUGUGUGUGUGUAUAUAUGCAUACACACACGUUUGCUCUCCUAUGUUAUGCCUCUUACUUAAAAAGCUUUGAUUUAGCUGUUUGGGUUUUGCAUAAGAUAACUCCUUUCCUUUCUCUGGCUGUGAACUGUGAUAACUUUUGCUUGCCUCCUAAGUGGAAAGCAACACUUGUAGUUCAGUGGGAAUAACAGUUUUUUUGCUUUGACAGAGCAGAAGACUAGAGCAAAACUGAUACUGUAAAACUGCCCUAGUUGAGGAAGUCUCUCUGUUGCCUGUUUGAGUUCUGAGAGCAAAAUGAGUGGCGCAGGCUGAUGCCCUGCAUGCUCAUGUGUUUGCUUAGUCUUUAAAUUCUGCUGUAUAUCAGUGAGUAACAGGGCUUUUCUUGUUGUUCUUUCUGUAUGGAUUUUUCUUUAUGUGGGAACAUAGUUCUUGAGUAACUGCUUCAGUGUAAGUGAAAACACAGUUCCUAAAAUGAAUAUUUAGAGCCUUGUUUUCUCUACAACGCUGGUUUCUGUGAUUAUAGUUACAGAAUAAAAUUCUGCUUGCUUUUUUCUUGCUUUCUUAUACUGUAAGAGGCAUGUGACUGAGCAAGUUAUCUUUUGCUUUUAAAAUAUCAGUAAAUACGGAAUGCCUGAGCAUUUAUCAACUUUGCCUAUAGGUCUUGCAGCUAAAGUGUUCUGUUACUUUCUCCCUUAAAUGUGCUGCAGUGCUUAUCUGGGAGAAAUAGUCCUGCAGAGAUGCUGGUAGCCAAGUGUCUCUCAACAGUCACCUGUGACUGUGCCUACUAUGGGGUAGAUGUGCCUAUUCAAAAGGGAAAGAAUGCAGCAAAAUGGUUUUCACCUUAACCAUAUUGUUUGUAUACCAGCUUUUUUAUAAUGCUGGGUCUUUUGGGGUAUAUAUGUGUCUAUCUCCAUUUAUUCUUCCUGAUUUAGUAUAUACCUGUAUGAUAUAUUGGAUCUGCCUGCUUAGCUCUCUGAUAACCAGUAUAAUCUGCCUUUCCCUGGGUUGAAGUGACAUAUUGAGUUAGAUGGUGAAUGGAUUGUCAGAGCACUUAUUUAGAAAGUGGAUUUGCUUGUACCUGACACUUAUCUACAUGUGUAGGGACUUCUCUUCAAAGGAAUUUCUCAGGUAUUAGUUAAAUCAGUCUUAAUUCUCAGUUGUGUUAUUGUGUGACCUUUGAAAGUGUAUUUGCCAGUCAUAUAGAAAGCAUUGGAAGCAGUAGUUAAUUUAAAACUUAGCUUACUGGUAUAGGGGAAGGGGCUACUAUAUUGGGUAAGUAGGAUGGGGGUUAGAUAGGCAUUCUGUAACUCCUUAAUUUUAUUCUUCUUCUCAUAUAGAACUACCACAGGCAGAAAAUGUCUUGUCUUUCUCUUUAGCUUAAGAAAACAUCUCUCUAGAAACUGGGCAUAACUAUUUCUAGACUGCUUUCUGCAGAAGAGAUAUUCCUGUAUAUUCAGUAUUUAAUUAGCAUAAUAAAGUCAUGGAAAACCUACCAGAAGUCUGGAUAAUGUUUGGCUAUAAACUAGACAUUAUGAGAUAAUGUUUGCUUUGGUUUGGCUGUUCUCUACUUUGUUACGGUUUCUUAAAUGUGCUUUUAGAAGGGGCGAGAAAAGUUCAGAGCCUUUUUAACAUCAGUUUAAAGGCUGAGCAAAUGACUGAGCAUUUGUCACACAGUUUGAGGGCUGGAUUGGUUUAGCCGGAGGGGCAGCCUAGGUUUCGCCCUCUCCCGCCAUCUGUUCCUGCAAGCAUCUUUCCUGUAAACUGACAGAGGAGGUCAGAAAGUGCUAGUCUCUUCCCUCCAGAGACUAGUGAGGAUUCAGCAAAAGCUCAGGGGAAAGCAGCAAAGCGUUGAAGCACUAGGUGCCUGAUUGGGUUGCAGUUCAGGAACGAGCUUGGCUUUGAGACCACGAGCUUUCCAGAACGUGCAUCGGGAUGAGCUGUGGGGAGGUACAAUGCGUGACGCAGGCUGGCGGCCUGAUGCUGCCUGACAUCAGGCAUCCAGCUGAGUGCUCUGGCUCGUCUAACCCUCUCUUUCAGAACAGGAACAUGGGGGACACAGCCCUGCCGCAGGAGACUCUGCUCAGGACAGCUCGUUGCCAGCUGUUCAAGUUCAUCAUGAGGAAUGAAGCAAGAAGACUGAGAACUUUUUGGCAAUGGCCAGAUAGCUCACCUGUGUCUGCCCAAGACUUGGCCAAGGCUGGCUUUUUCUUUGUGGGUCCUGGAGAUGAAGUACAGUGCUUCUGCUGUGGUGGCAUCCUGAAGGAUUGGGUACCUGGUGAUUGCCCUAUAGUAGAGCACCUGAAGUUCUUCCCUUCCUGUAAAUUCGUUUGUGGUGAGGAUGUUGGGAGCCAACAAGUGUUUCCUCUUGAGGAAAUAUUUGACUGUGUGGAUGGGCAGUUCCUCAGUCUAUUGCAGAGGAUAGACAGUGAGGAGACAGCCCUUCCCAAUCAACCGGAAUACCCAGAGAUGGGAACAGAGGAGAUGAGACUAUCUACUUUUCAGAGCUGGCCACAAUAUACUGAGGUGCAUCCUGAGCAACUGGCUAGAGCAGGAUUCUUUUACACAGGACAAGGUGAUAUGGUGAGGUGUUUUUACUGUGAUGGAAGUGUGAGGAACUGGGAGUUUGGAGAUGACCCUUGGAGAGAACAUGCAAAAUGGUAUCCAAGGUGUGAAUUUUUGUUGCGAUCAAGGGGAAGAGAAUUUGUUAGUGGUGUUCAGGAGUCCUAUUUCAGCACUCUGGUAUCUCCAAGAGAUUCCUGGCACCAGGCUGACCAAGAUUCUUCUGCUUCCCAAGAUCUGGUGAGGAACUGGGAAUUGCAGUCUCCUUCUGCCCUGGAUCAGUUUUCUGUAGUGCAGAAUAUCCUGCAGAUGGGUUUUGACCCCACCUUGGUGGCUAACCUGGUAGAGAAUAAAUACGUGCUGACUGGGACUUGCUACCUUUCUGAGUCUGAACUGAUUUCUGAUCUGCUUCAGACAGACUGGGAAGGGAGCAGCAGUGCAGAAGGAAGCAGAGACCCUGUUCAGCGAGAGACCGAAGCAUCGCAUUCAAGAGAAGAAACGCAUCCUGUGCAACAGAAGGAAUCAGAUGAGACUCCACUGAGCACAGAAGAGCAGCUCCGACGCUUGCAAGAGGAGAGGAUGUGCAAAGUGUGCAUGGACAGAGAUGUGUCUGUUGUCUUUGUUCCUUGUGGUCACCUGGUAGCAUGCGCGGAGUGCGCUCCCAACUUGAGACUGUGUCCAAUCUGCAGAGCAGUCAUCCGGGGAAGUGUGAGGACUUUCAUGUCCUGAAGCAUGAGGUACUUAAGGGGAAAGAUGGUCUGUAAAAUCCACUCAUGACACAGCAGAUGAACAAAAUAAGCAAACAGUUCAACUGAUGCUGGAGCAAUCUUAUUUGCAGGGUAGCUUGGCCUAAAGGCAGGCAUUCAUCAAACUUGAAUGUGUUCCUUUGCACAGCGCCUACAGUGAGAGUUGCUGAUAUGCUACACUCUUACUGACCUUGCUGGAAGAUUGCUCCAGGAAAAACUGUUAGUUUCCUUUACCCACCAAAAUGAGAGAUUUCUGUUGAUAGAUUAUCCUCCUCCGAAGUCUUGCACAUUCAAAUGAAUCCCAGCUCUGUGUUGAAAUCAAGGACUGCUUUCAGUGGACUGUCUCCGAUUCUUUUUCUUCCAUUUAGCAGUUGCUUAGAAAUGAUGAAAAUAAUUAGCUUAUCCCUCUUGGGUUGAUGUCUUGCCUCCAUAAGUCUAAGUAAAAGUUAGACUGUUUUUGUAACAAACACAUUCCUCUGAGAGUAGAAUACUGAGCAGCAUGUAUUGUGGGGAAGCAGUGAGUGGGUUUUGUUUUUUUUUGUUCUGAGCUCUUUGCUGUGAGGGGGAAGAAGACUGGACAAAUGAAACCAUAAAUGGGGAGUUGUCUCGUUGAACUGUCAACAACUAAGAAAUGUUUCAGUAAUACCCAAAUUUACAUAAUUAAGUGAAAACCCUGAUGUAUUUGUAGAUUUUUUUUUUUUUCCAAACUGUAUUGUCAGCUUGAUGACCUUCCUCACUAGACAGAAGGUGAAAGACUCUUUGAUCUGGGUUACUGGAUGAUGUCCUGCAAGUUUCUUGUGAAGCCUCUUCCUUGGCUAUUGGAGACUAUCCUUCUGCUAGAGGAUAGCUCUGGAAACUUACUCUUCUUAGGACUUAUGUUUGCUGGCUAAACUGAUGAUUCUUAGUUCAAAUGUGGUAUUUUAUCAUGUAGCUGUUCCCCCACCCCCCCCCCCCAAAAAAAAGUUUUGUCAGUGAUAUAGCCUGUUAAUAGGUUUGCUGGCUGCAGGGGAAAGGGAAUGUAUGUUUUUAAAAAAAGUGUUCUUUUUUGCUGAAUAAAAGGUUUUUCUUUUGUUUA